AUGGCAAAGCCGUUGCAAAAGGGACGAGAUAGGUCCCCGGAGAAGAAAGACCUAAGUUUCCACGCGUAUACGAUAACGCCGGAGAGUGCUCACACUUCGAUACUGCUUUUGGAGUCUACUGAACCGGAGAUACUAUGUCAGGCACUUCGAGCGAUUACAAAGUUCUCCGCUCAAGAUAUUCAGAACCGCUACGUGCUAUUCAAUCUGAACGCGAUCCACUACAUGUUACCACACAUAGAACACCGUGAGCUACAUGUUCGCAGGUUCGCGCUAAAAGCUCUAGCGCAGCUCUGCCAACUGCCGCGCGGCCCAGAGCAAGUGCUGGAAGACCCGCAGAACGUGAAGAAGAUCGCGCACAUGUUGGUGAAGGUUGAAGAUGUAUUCGUCCUAGAAUUUGCAUCACUAGUUCUAUCAGAGCUGACCAGAGAACCGAUCGGUUGCGAACAACUGGUGUCUGCCAAUAUCCUGAGCAGCCUGUUCUCGAGGAUGAAGAACAGUCUUGACCCUGACGUGCAGAAGAAUUGCCUGCAGACCCUCAGCAACCUACUAGACGACCCGGUCUGUGCUUCAGAAGUAACAAAAAACAAGCAAUUCAGUUGGCCCUCACUUCUAGCACUGAUGCAAAGCAAAUUCCUGGCCAUACAACAUGCAGCACUUAGGACGGUGGAUCAGCUGAUAUGUCGGUACAAAAAUGAGGUAGUUCAGAAGACUUUUAGAUCUUCCACGGGGGUGUUGGAUCUUUGUGAUAUUUUAGAGUCGUACGAGUUCCGUGACGUUCACACGGUGGUGUUAAAUAUUCUCAAGAACUACGUCGAAACCGAAGACAACGUGUCUCAUGUAUACCAGUCCGGAUGUAUUCUGCGGCUGCUUGCAUACUUGGAGAUGACGCUGCCGGCGAUGAAGCCCUACUGCUUGGCUGUGCUCACUAAGAUAUCCUUCUCUUCUAGCGGCAGAGACGCUCUAUACGAGACGGGAACAGACCUGAUCUUCUGCCACCAACUCCUCGGAUCCAACGUGGCUCUGCUGGCUGAUGCAGCGAUGGGUGUCGCCAACAUGACCAAGCUGUGGCUCUCUGCAGUGCGCAUGUCCGACACCAAUAUUAUACAGGCACUUUGUGCGAUACUAAGCGACGACGCAGCGGCGUGGUUCUACACCAGAAUCAACACGCUGCGGGCUCUGGCCGCCCUCUGUGGGAAAAUCCCUAAGGCGGCAUACAGUCUCGUGGAGCCGGAGACGUUUGCAGCUCUGAGGAAUAUUAACAAAAAUUGUAAGUUCAAAGACUGCCCCAAACUCAAGUGCAUGGGACAAUAG